GUGUCUUCUGUGAAGCGAUCUGGGAUUCUUUUUAUUGCUGGCCAGCGACACCUGCCGGAGAAAUGGCUUUACGAUCAUGUUCCGAAAUAUUUACACACAAUCACGUUCCUAUAAAUGUGAGGACGAUGGAAAAAGCUUACGCUUACCGUUAUUGUAACGAAAACGGUGAUUGGUUAUGGGGCGAGUGGACGAACUAUACAGAAUGCCUUGAGCUACUUCACCAGGACAACUUUUCAUCCGAUCAGAUUGCCGUUGCGUACAUUUUAUUCGUGGGUUCUAUCGUUUCCCUUGUAGCUCUGAUCUUAACCUUGAGCAUUUUCUGUUAUUUCAAGUCAUUACACUGUCCACGGCUGCACGUGCAUCAAAACUUAGUAAUAGCAUUAAUUAUCCAUUCCAUUCUCCUGUUUGUAAUCUCUACCCCAGGAGUAUUGCAGGACCCAGCUUUGUCCUAUGGAAAUAUCGACUGGCUAUGUAAGAGUAUCUUGUCAAUAAAGAUGUAUGCAGCCAUGGCCAGUAUUAACUGGAUGUUUGUGGAAGGCCUACUGCUUCAUAGUCGCAUUACUGUGUCCGUUUUCAACAUGGACACACCGUUCAAACUUUACUAUCUACUAGGAUGGGUGCUGCCGGCUGUUUUCAUCAUCUCGUGGGCGGCUGUUACUGCUAAAGUACUAGAUACUCCCUGUUGGCGAGGUUACGGCAAGUCAUCUUACAUAUGGAUUAUCACAGGUCCAAUGUUAACGGCACUGACG